AUGGGGCUGGCAACUCCGAAGGAGAUAAAGGGAGCCAUUUCGCUGCAACAGCAGCAGCAACAGCAGCAACAGCAGCAGCAGCAGCAACAGGGGCAGCAGCAGCAGCAGCAACGGGAGCAGCAGCACCAACAACAACGGCAGCAGCAACAGCAGCAACAGGAGCAACAGGAGCCGCAGCAGAAGCAACACGAACAGCAACAGAGGCAGCAGCAACAGCAGGAACAGCUGCAACAGCAGCAGCACCAAGAGAAUCAGCAACAACAGGAGCAACAGCAGCAGCAACAGCAGCAGCAGCAGCAGCAACAGCAGCAGCAGCAGCAGCAACAGCAGCAGCAGCAGAGAUGGAGAAGACAAACCCUAAACCCUAAUGAGGGGGAGAGCAUACAGCAGCAGCAGGAAAAGCAGCAGCAGCAGCAGCAGCAGCAGGAGCAGCAGCAACAGCAGCAGAAGAAGAAACUAAAAACCCGUGCAGCGGAGAAGGCGCAGCAGCAAUCUCUAGCAGACUUCUCGUCUAGUAUUGCUGCGCUGCUUGAUGAAGAGACACCUAAUAUAAAAGAUAUUGAAGAGAAGAAAGAGAGAGAUGAAAACAACAAAGAAGAAGCCCUUAGAAAACAGCUGCUCGCCGAGAAGAAAAGACAAAGAAACAGCGCACAUAUAAAACCAAGUCAAAUGGAUAUAGAAAGGGAGAACCUCUUAAAGAAACUAGCUACUAAAGGCACUGUACGCUUCUUAAAUGUUUUAAUGAAUGCGCGGCGAGAAG